AUGGCAGAUGCGAGUGCUAAACCGAAGAGAACGAGGACGAAUGUCAAACAGUCCAAGUUUGGCUGUUUCACCUGCAAGGCGCGGCGAGUCAAGUGCGAUGAAGGCAAGCCGGCUUGUCAGCGGUGCUUGAUCUCGAAGCGAGAAUGCCUAGGGUAUCCCCGAGGUGCAUAUCCAGACUCGGAUAGCGCUGAAUCGACUACUUUAUCGAUUGUGUCCGCGUCUUCUUCGCCCUCAGACUCCUCAUCGCCAUCGCCUACAGCGGUCAUCUCAACGUUGAGAUCGCUCGCUUUCAACCCAUACACCCUCUCGAGCCCCUUCGUCGACCUUGGUUGUACGGUUCUGGCCCAAAGCCCCCGUCGUGCAAGAAACAACGUCGAGCAAACGUUCUGGUCUCGCACCGUGCCACAACUAGCCCAGUCCAUCCCAUCAGUGCGCGCCGCCAUCGAAGCAUUCGGCACGUCAUACAGCGAAUAUGUCCUCAGAGGCACGUCACCACGACCUGGUUUCGAAACCACAAAGCGUUAUUCGAAGGCUCUGAGAAUGGUGCAGCAAGACCUUAUCACCCUACCGCAUGGCCCCAUUCCAUGUGUUGUUGCCUGUCUGUUUCUCGGGUUUGUCGAAGCCUUGCAGCAAAGACUUAACAAAGCCCUUUUGCAUUUGCAUGGCACUUUCUCUCUCAUGAUGUCACUGACUGAUAAACAACUCCACGACGAGAUUGAUACCGAUAGCCUUGUGUUACUCUUGAAGAAGCUUGACCUGCACGUCGCUACAUACGCCGUAUCACAUCCCCCAAACCUUCCUUUGAAACCAUUUGUCAUGGGUGAGAUCCUGCAGUCUUAUCCACCAGACGGCUCCCUAUUCGAGAUCUUACACUCGAGCUAUCAUUUUACGGCUAAGGCCUUCCGAUACAAGUACACCAGUCGCCGAACGAUACCACCCGAGCUGCUCAUGGAACAGGGCCGACAGCUCGCCAACUUGAAACAAUGGCUAUCGCUCAACGAGAUCCCACCUACUUCCAAUACUGAAUCACAUGAAUCGCUCAUCGUUCUCCGCUCACAAUGUCUUGCUGCCCUUGUCAACACCGCCACUAUCAUGGAGCCACGUGAGACAGCGUACGACUGCUACGGUCCGGAGUUUGAAGAAAUCAUCACAUCGAUUGGGGCCUUGUUGCUCAGCAAAAGCCUCCAAGUGGGAAAGAAGGUCCAUGGUGCGCGGAGACGGAAGGGUCCUUGGUAG